AGUUUAGUGACUGAUCAAAGUGCAGUGUCUAUUUAGUGGGAAUAUUUUUUAGCGAGCGGAUAUUUUUUGUCCUUUUCCACUUUUUUAAACGGAGAAAAUCGGCUCUACCCUUUAAACCGGUUUUAGAAUCUCAGUGAACCGGUUCCGUUGAAGUAUUACACAGAUAUACAGUAGCAUUUGACUGAAGAAAACACAAGAGGAACAAAAUACACAUCUCAAUUUCUGGAUCACAGUGACCCAAGAUGGCUGAUUCCGGAAAUUCGAAGAACUAUGGCGUCCCUAUUUACGGUGCCGGUUGGGUCCCACCGAGCGCCCUCAGAUCUGCAGUCGAACCGCCGCCGGCCACUGAUGAUGAUAAGGACGACGGCGUCGAGAAAUCAUCGUCAUCGGAAAGUUAUGUUGUCCUUGCCGGAGGCGGUGGAGAAGGAAAUAGCGGUAUUCGUAACGCUCUCAUUGUUGCUCAAUUCCAUUUUGAUUCUAAUGUCCUCUCUGAUGAACCCGUGGCUAGGUUAGGAACUGGCGGUGAUCUUCCUUAUAGGAUGGCAGUACAUCCAGGUGGAGACGGUCUUAUAUGUUCAUUGCCAAAAAGCUGCAGAUGGUUUGACUGGGAUAUUCAGAGAGCUGAAAAUCGUGCAUUGGGUCUGAAAUCAUCUGAGAGAGUACUUGAGCCAUUGGAGGAUGUUGGACAACAAUUAGCGCUAGCUUUUAACAAUGACGGUUCUUUACUUGCUGUUGGCGGUGAGGAAGGCAAGUUGAGGGUUUACAAGUGGCCUAGCAUGGAAAAUAUUCUUGAUCAGGCUAAUGCUCAUGCUUCUGUGAAGGAUCUAGACUUCAGCCCUGAUGGAAAAUUUCUUGCAUCUGUUGGAAGCGGCCCUUGUCGGAUUUGGGAUGUCUCAAUAUCAACAUCUGUAGCUUCUUUGAUGAAGGAAAAUGAUGAGAUUUUUGGCUAUUGUAGAUUCUCACCAAGUAACGAUGAGAAUCAGGUUCUAUACAUCACCACAAUGCAAGAUCAAGGUGGAAGUAUUUCAAAGUGGAAUACUACUACAUGGAAGAGGAUAAAGUCAAAGCGUGUUGUUCGUGAUCCUAUUUGUGCCUUCAAUCUUUCACCCAAUGGAAAGCUUCUGGCAAUAGGAACAAUUGAGGGAGAUGUUCUGAUAGUGUCUUCCAACAAUUUACAAGUGCAAAAUGUGGUAAAAAAGGCUCAUCUUGGUCUGGUAACAACAUUGAAGUUCUCAGAAGAUUCGAGGGCCUUGCUUUCUGCCUCCAUGGAUUCAAGAGUGAGGGUGACAGUUAUAAAGGAAGAGAAGAAAAGUGGUCUGAACUUGUGGAUUGUUAUACUCGUUCUUUUGAUUGCAAUUGCUGUAUUUUACGCAGCAAGCAACGGGAUCCUUCCAUUGGAGCUAAAUUCAAUAUCAAAAUAACGAGCUCUUUACCCCAAAGUAUUCUUAUAGGCGAAACAACAUCUGAAACAUUUUUGAAGGCUGUUACUGGAACACUGGGCUUGGAUUCUAGCCUAUGCUAAAUGACGUCUGGUGUUUUUAGUGUGCUUUAACUGUUAGUUAAAGUGCCUCCUUAUCCUCCAUUAUAUUCUGAGUGUACAAAACAAGCUGUUGAUGACUAGGUCUGCUCUUCCAUUUUGCAACUUUAUGUGGGAGAUUUAUUGCGUUAAGUUGGAGGUAAAACCUCCAACCCCUCUUUUACCUUUCCGAUCAUAUAAGAGGGAUCACAAUGUUUCAAUUUUAUGAUAUUUAGUUUAAAUGGAAAAAUGAGUAUUUGGAAGUGAAAUUAGAAAACAGGUUCGGGUUGUGUUUAAAUGUGUAUUUCACGUUUAGAGAAGGAACACUAAUUGGUUCACUUGAGUUGCUUCUCAAACAAACUUUUCAGUAGUUUAUUUCAAGUUCUAAAGUAACUGUUGUGCUUACUUGAAAAUAAUUUGCAGAAACAA